AUGGAUGCUCAGGUUGAGGUAGUUUCUUCCUUGUCAUCGUCAUCUGCUGCCGCUGCUAUUUAUCGCAAAAAUAACAACAACAGUACGCUCGCAGUAUUUUCCUCCCUUGAAAACAUCAACACCAACACAAAUGCAAUGAGCCAGAAAUUACACAGCAUUCUGCCUCCAAAAAGACGCUCUAUCUCGCAAGAUCCAAAAGACAAAUUUUACGCCAUUCAUCACACGCAACACACGGACGAAAAUGACAACGAAAACAGCGAGCCCAUCUCUGCAGCAACAAAAGUUAAAAAGACGAAUCGUGGUCGCAAGAGAAUGGGUGAUAAAACGACGGCAGAUGGUGUCGCAGCAGCAGCAGCAGCAUCCUCUUCAUCCUCAUCAUCUUCUAUGCAACAACAACUCAUCAAGCAGCAACGCAAGAAACCACGCCAACAAUCAAAAUCGCGUAAAGACCAGCAUUCCAUACCUUCCCUGUAUCAAACAUGCGUAGGAUUAUGGCCAAAAUCAAGCACAUUGGAUGACCUUGCUUACGAUCAAGUCAAAGCCAUGAGUGAUUUGCUCAAGGUCAGACUGUGUCAAGCUAAAUUCAAAAUGAUGGCAAGACUCGAUCAAGACAAUGAACUGUUCACCUUUCUAUCCAACGAGUAUGUGCCACCCAAGCCUACUGCUCGUCAACCUGUACAGCUCGUAUCGAGAAAGAGACAGAACAAGUCCACCAUGUGCUUGGUGGGUAAUGGUAAGAACCUCUUUGCUCGCAACAACAAGUUCAACAAGCCUGAUCAAGCAGGGCCUUCCUCCACUGGGCCUGCUGCUGUGCAUGCCUUGAAUGAAACUUACGACACUACUGCGCUUGGUGGCGGCUCUAUUACAACCUCACCCCAGAGACCAAAGAACCAAAAGGAGCGCAAGCGAAAGACGCCUAAAUCUGCAACGCCCAAACAAAAACGUGUUACAACACCAAAGAGAAGAUCUGCUGCUGCUGAUGUAGUACCUGUUACUUUGUCAGAUGGCUCCUCCUUUUACGUGUGUGAACCAUGUAACAAAAAGUACAAGAAUCGAAAUGGCCUUGCCUAUCAUAUGGAACGAUGCAAGUACACGGAUAAAUCCAAGCUCCCGUCUCACCAACCACCAUUACAACAACAGCAAGAGCAAGACCCACAAUCGCAACCAGAAAGCACUUCCCAUCAUGCUGUUUGCUGCCAACAACAGCAAUUGGAGCAUGCGACCCUGAUCCAGUGCGAUACGUGCCACAGCCAUCUCCAUGCUGACUGUGUUGGUCUGUCUGACGACGUGCUAGAAGAGAGCUUCUACUGCCCUACUUGUAAAGCCAACCGAUAUCAUGUAUCUGAAGCAAGUCAAGUUGGAAAAGACUUAUUGCAAUGUCUAUUAGAAGCACAAGCAAGCGACCGAGAUCAGCAGCAGCAGCAGCAACAGCAGAUGGCUAUGCGGCAAGACCAUUUCGAUCAGAUACAAGAGUUCCUCAAUCAUCAGACACCUUCUCAACAGCAGCAGCAGCAGGAUACGCAAGAAGAAGACGAGCUACUCAGCGUAUUGACAAACCAAGGUGAAGAGCAAUCCUCACAACUUCAUAUUUGGGAUGAUUUCAAUGCGUCCUUUGACAAGAACAACACGGGAGAGCAAUGGAGUCUAUUGGAAGAUGAUGAACCAUUUUCCAACUAUGACACCGAUAUACCUAGUUCAGCAUGGAAUAUGAGCGACAUUGGCAUGUUUGGUCAGCCUCCUUCCCUGCUAUUCUCUGAUAACACUGUCAAUACCAAUGACGAUGCAAAUGCACCUCUGAUGAGCGAUUUAUCCACUUCUAUGCCAUUGAACGACAUGUCUUCCACGACGCCUAUUGCUUGUGGGGGCCCCACGCCUUUGGGUGAUGUGUCCACUCCUUCUGGUAUCUCUUCCAACGCCAAUACACCUAUCCAAACUGCUGAUGGUCUAUGGUUUCAAUUUGCCAAUUUCGAAGACGACUAUCAAUGUGAAAAUUAA